AUGGGCCCGGGAGAGGCGCUGCUGGCCGUGUCGCUGCUGUCCAGCGCGCUGGUGCUGCUCUGCGGCGCCUAGACAGCCGAGCGGCGGCGCGCCUUGCGCGCUUUCCCGGUGAACCUGUCCCUGGGCUGCCCGCUGCCGGCGGCGCUAGACAUGCCCUUCAUGUUGCUCGGCAAGCUGCGCGGGCAGCCGCCAUCUGGGCCCAGCGUGUACCAGGCCGCAGGCUUCCUGGACACCUUCCUGGAGUCCAACUCUGUACUUAGCAGGGCGGCACUGAAUGCUGACCGGUGGCUGGCGGUGGGUUUCCCACUCCACCAUAGCCAUACGGGUCCUGCUUGCUUCCCCUGCCGGUGCCCCGCCGAGCUCCACGCUGCUGGCUUUGCACUGCUGUUCCCUGUGCUCGGCCUCCCCUGGCUCAAGAUGCUGUGGGUGGCCCAGAGCCACUGCCGGCACUUUGAUGUCGACACCAUGCAGGGGCUUGUGCUGCUCAUGCACCUGCAUCCCAGGCAGAUCGGCAUCUUCAUCGGGUCCUUCGUCAUCUGCUUAGCCGCAUACAUUGUGACCAGGCUAGUGAAGUGUGUGUCCUUCGUCACUGUUAGCCCUCCCUGGGGCAUCCUGAGCAAGUACCUGAGCUACGGCUGGGCCGUGGCCGACCCCUGCGUGGCCUUCCCCCAGGUCCUGGCCGGCAUCCCAAUCGGCUCCUGA